AUGGUGGGGCCAAACAAAGGCAAACCUGACAUAAACCGAAACCCAUGUAAGGAUAGACAUCAUCAUACAUCAAGAAUAGGGGCUCUCUAUGCCCCCAGAACGCUCCGGUUGUGCUAUUGGAACCCGUACCGAUACCUACACCCAAAGGCUUGGGCGGCCAUGAUCUCAAGAAGACUAGAGGAGUCCUUACUAAAUCAAAGCACACUUCA